AUGCUGGGGUUCAUCCAGCGAACCUUCAAAAAGCCCCGCAUCGAAACCUACGGGCUAGACCAUGCCGUUCUCAAUAUCCAGCUCCCACCCCAAACAAUGUGGAUGAACAUGGGGUACUGGGAAUCCACAUCCGAUUUCCCGGAAGCUUGUCGAGCCCUGCUCGAUCAAGUCUUAGCAGCGGGUCUCUUGAAAGACCAGAGCCAAUCUGUACGGCUGCUGGAUGUUGGAUGCGGGUGUGGUGAUCAGUCACUUUAUUUGACUAGCCUUCACAAGGACUCUGUACCCACGGCAUUGACAUCAGAAUCUGGAUCUGGAUCCGGGUCAGCCUUUCAAGCUACACCGACAUCCUCACUUCCUCAAUCCAGAUUGCAACACGACCAAACUCCAUUGAUCGAUACAUACAUAGGUAUCACACUGGAGCCUACACAGGCAGCAUUAGCCAAGUCCGGGGUACAAGAAGCACAACAGAAAGCCUCAAAUCAAUCAGCAAAAAUAUUCUGUGCCGACGCCGCCAAUCCCGCAAGCUGGUCCGGAGAUCUCCAGGCCUCAGUCAAGGGACUAUCUACAACCUCACAAGACCCCAAUAUAGAGACAUGGCUCCUGGCCCUCGACACAAUCUACCAUUUCCGUCCAUCGCGUUGGCCAAUCAUCCAAUUUGCGCAUGAUACCCUCCAGGCUUCGUACAUGGCAUUCGAUCUCGUUCUCGCGGAUGAUGCCUCAUUUGUCCAAUGCCUUCUUAUGCGCAUGGUUUGCUGGGUCCUGGGCGCUCCGUUUGGCAAUAUAGUCACGCAAGAAGAAUAUCGACGUCUUCUUGUUAAUGUCGGGUAUGAGCCUUCUCAGAUUGAGAUGAGGGAUAUCUCGGAACAUGUUUUUGGGGGGUUGUCAGCAUUCUUGGGUAGGAGGAUUAAAGAGGCGGAGCCGUUUGGAUUGAAGAUGAGCAAAUAUCGGGGGGCUAGAGUUGUUUUUAAUUGGUGGGCUAAAACUGGGAUUAUCAGGGGGUAUGUGGUUGUUGCAAGGAGGUCGUGA